AAGAUAACCAAAUUAUUAAUUCAUUAUUCAUUUGUUUCAAUUGGAACUUGUUAGUGAUGUUUUUUGUCACUAAAAUUGUACAUUAAGACUGAGUAUAUAAUAUAAAAGAUUAUUUCAUUUUCAAUUGUUCCGGCUUGUUGAAAAACACUUUUUCAGUUUUGAGUUGUCCAGUUCAUGAAUAUUAAUUGUUGUUAAAUAUAUAGUUAAGUCACUAGUUCAAAAUGUUUAAUUUGAGAAUAUUACCGCAGAGAGCAUCUCUUAUAAAACGUACAAUGUCGAGUCAAGAAGCAGAUGUAUUAUUUGAAACAAUUAAUAAUGCAGGCAUUAUCACAUUAAAUAGGCCGAAAGCUUUGAAUUCUUUGAACACAUCCAUGGUAUCUAAGUUACUUCCACAAUUGCGUGAAUGGGAGAACAGCAAAAAUUUAGUAAUAAUUAAAGGUGCUGGAGAAAAAGCAUUUUGUGCAGGAGGCGAUGUGAAAUUAGCAAUUGAUAGGGUGGAAGGUCCAAGAUUCUUCCACACUGAGUAUAAUGUAAAUUACCUUAUUGGGAAGUAUAAAAUUCCAUACAUCGCAUUUAUAAAUGGAAUCACUAUGGGUGGAGGACUAGGACUAUCUGUCCAUGGGAGGUAUAGAGUUGCUACUGAGAAAACAAUGAUUGCAAUGCCCGAGACUAAGAUAGGACUGUUUCCGGAUGUUGGUGGUUCUUAUUUCCUGCCAAGGCUUCAAGUUAAUUUAGGGUUAUACCUGGGUUUGACUGGUGAUAGGUUAAAAGGCAAAGAUGUUGUAAAAGCAGGUAUUGCUACUCACUUUGUAUCUAGCAAACGGUUGUAUGAAUUAGAGAAACUGUUGUUAAGAUGCACCAGUGAAAUGGAAAUACAUUCUUUACUAAACAAGUUCAAUGAACCUCCAGAAGAAUUUUCACUAGCUCCAAACAUUAAACAUAUUAACUACUGUUUUGCUGCUUCCACUGUCGAAGAGAUCAUUGAGAGACUUGAAAAAGUUCAAAAUGAAUGGUCUGUUAAGACAUUAGAGACACUUCAUCAAAUGUGCCCUGGCUCACUUAAAAUUACAAUGAGAGCAUUACAAAGAGGAGCACAGCUGGAGUUGCCUCAAUGUCUUAAAAUGGAAUAUCGUCUUGCUUGCCGAGCAACUGAGAAUCAUGACUUCCCUGAAGGAGUACGAGCUCUUCUUGUCGACAAGGACAACAACCCCCAGUGGAAGCCAAAAACCUUAGCGGAGGUGGAUGAUGAUUACGUAGAGAACUAUUUUAAGAAGCUUCCAGAAGAUAAAGAGCUCAAAUUCUUUGAUGCUAAACUUUAAACUCUAAGUUUAAGCCAAAAAAUGUUAUUAUGUUAAAUUGCAUAUUAUACUCCUGCCAUAUAGAAAGUCAGUGAUAAUUAAUUACUUUUACAAGUUUUACAAGUAGUAUACUAAAAUAAAAACUAGAUAUUUCGGAUAUUAUUAUAAUACUGUUAUUAGCGAACUUCGAAAAGAUUGAUUUUAAUGAAUAGAUAUACAUUCAUGGUGGCCCCGUGUGAAUUAGAGGCAAAGAAAUUCACUAUUUAGUGGUGCAGUUUAUUUCAACACUAUGUAUAAAAUGGUGAAUACAAUUUAAUUAAAAAUCAUACCAAAUUUUUUACUAAAACUUAAAAUGAAAUCCAUCUUCAAUAACUUGCCGCCAAGUUAAUUUUAAAUGUAAAUAAUAUGGGUCUUCAUAUUUUUUAUUAUAAUUAAUUGUUUCAACAUAUAUAAAGGAUACUUAUAUAACAAUAUCUAGCUGGGAUGUUAAAUAAUGCAGGGUAUGUUAUAUACUUAAAAGUUUAAGUGAAAUAACUCGAAAUAAAGAUCUAAAUCAUUAAAUUAAUCUUAUGUUUUAUGCUAAAUUAUAUAGCCAUCUCAAGUGUCUUAUUAGUUUUAUGUGAUAAUAUUAGGUUGGUAUUGUUUGUUUUAUAAAUGUAAUAUAUAAAUAAUAUUCUUUUAAGUAAGUUUUUAAAUGAAACAAUAAUAAAUAUUUACUACAAGUGUAAUUUAAAAGUAUUUUUACAUGUUUUUAAAAAAUAUUUACCGUGAAUGUUAGGUGUUUUUAUUGGCUGUGCUAUUAUACGAAUAUUAUCAAAUCAUAUGCGGGCAUUUAUUUUUGUAUCUUUAUAAUGUACUCUUACAUAUUGUUUAGACUAUAAUAUAAAACAGGUAA